AUGGACAAACGGGGCGUAAUGAUAAACUUGGCAAGAUCUGCAUGCGCACAAGAGGAAUUCUUUUAUAACGGUGGUAAUGCUCGGUAUCUGGGUUUCUCUUUGGGCCAGACGAAUUUUCUGCCAUCUCAUGUUCUUCCUGGCCAGGAAUCUUGCUGCCUCUACCCGGCCGGUUCUUCUGUUCAGGCCGACCAUCAAAGGCUGCUGGUAGUAACUCUCAGAGGAGAAUGUCCUUGCAAUGACACUUAA